AUGUACUUUAAUUUUUUUGAGAUGUUAAGCGAAAAUAUACUAGAGACUGUUCAGGUUAGCCAAGGUUCGAGAAAGGAAGGCUCGGGACCUGGACCAAGUGCUACUGAGUCACACUAUGAAAGUGUGGGAAAGGGUGGUGGAGAGGAGGGUGAGGAGGAGUUCGUCUAUUUUGGAGAAUCAGUUUGGUUUCAUGCCCGGGCAUUUGACCACAGAAGCCAUUCAUCUUGCGAGGAGGUUAGUGAAGCACUACCGGGAGAGGAAGAGGGACUUGCAUAUGGUGUUCAUCGAUUAGAAAAAGCUUACGAUAAAAUCCCAAGUGAGGUUUUAUGGAGAAUUAUAGAGGAAACAGAAGUGGAGGUGAAACUUGAUACACAAGUCAUCCCCAAGAGAGAUAGUUUCAAAUAUCUUGGGUCUGUUAUUCAGGGGAACGGGGAGAUUAAUGAGGAUGUUACGCAUCGUGUUGGAGCGGGGUGGAUGAAAUGGAGGCUUUUGUCUGGUAUUUUAUGUGAUAGGAAUGUGUCACCAAGACUUAAGGGCAAGUUCUACAAAAUGGUAGUGAGGCUGGCUAUGUUGUAUAAAGCCGAGUGCUGGCCAGUCAAGAAAUCUCAUGUGCAGAAGAUGAUAGUAGCAAAGAUGAGGAUAUUGAGAUACAUGUGUGGGCAUACCAGGAAAGACCGGAUUAGGAAUGAAGUUAUUAAGGACAAGGUGGGUGUGGCCCCUGUGGAAGACAAGCUGCGGGAAUCGAGGCUGAGAUGGUUCGAGCAUGUGAAGAGGAGAGACACCGAUGUCCCGGUGAGGAGAUGUGAGAGGUUGACCAUAGCGGGGUAG